AUGGAUUAAAUCAAUCAGCUUAAGGAAUAAAUACUAAUGCUCUAGCAGAAUGAGAAAGAUUACUAAGAUUUGAAUUUCUUAUUCACAAAUUUAGAACAUAGGUAUAAUCUUUUAGCUGAAGAAAAAUAGAGAAUGGAAAUUGAUUACAACCACAGACAUGAAUUUAUUAUGCAAGCAGUUGCAAGACAUAGAGCAGAAAUUGAUUAAUUGAGAAAUGAAUUAAUAUCUUGUUAAAAUAAUUAGGAGUAGAUGGAAUAUUUAGGUUAUGAAAAUCAAGCAUUGACUGAUGAAGUAAAUAAUUUAAGGGAAGCUUAUACAAAAAUAAUUUAAUAAUAAGUUUAGGAUUAAGAUGAAAAAUAUUUAAUAACUUUAGCAACUAAAUAAUAAUAUAUAGAAAGCUUAUAAUUUCAAAUUAAAUAAAUGAAUGACAUUUAGACUCAUGAAGAUAAAAAGUGUUAAGCUGAAGAUGAGAUUAAAUAAAACUAUGUAAGUGAAAUGGAAUCUUAUAAAUUCUAAAAUGAAAAACUUAGCAUAGAUAAUAAACAGUUAAUUAAAUAAAUUGAGAGUUUAGAACUUUAAAUUCAAAAUUAUAAAGAUUAACUUAAUUAAAUGACCUAAGAAUUGGAAAGAUGUAUAAUUAAAUGAGCCUAUUAAAUAAAGAAUUAGUUAUUAAAAUGCAUUAUAUUUUGUUUAUUUUAGAAAACUUCUGCAAAAGAAUACUAAUUAGAUCAUGAACUUAAAUAUUUAAAAAAUAUGAAUAUAUAAUUGAUACAGAAAAAUGAUCAUUAAUAAAAAUAGAUAGAAUAAUUAAUUUACAACAAUUAAUCGCUAAUUAUUGAAUAUGAAACUUUGAGAAUAUAAUUUGCUGAUUAGGAGAACUCUAAAUUGAUGGUCUAAAAUUAAUAUGCUAAAUCUUUAAAUAAAUUUUAAGAAGAAAGAAAAGUAAAAAAGAUUACUUAUGUAAGUACAUCUUUUAUAAUUAGAAAGAUAAAAAGUAUUAAGAGAGACUAGACUAUAGAAUGA